CCCAGGCCUAGCCGGCAGUGGCAUCAGGACUAUGUCGUGGGCGCGGAGCCACCUGCGCUCGGCUCUGUCCCUGGCAGCUGUUUCUGCGCGUGGUGCAACGGCCGAGGGCGCGGCGCGGCGGUGGUUGAGCGCGUGGCCCGCGCCGCAGGAGCCCGGCAUGGAGUAUCAGGAUGCUGUGCGCAUGCUCAACACCCUGCAGACCAAUGCCAGCUACCUGGAGCAGGUAAAGCGUCAACGGAGUGACCCUCAGGCGCAGCUGGAAGCCAUGGAGGUGUACCUGUCACGGAGUGGGCUGCAGGUGGAGGACCUAAACUGCCUAAACAUUAUCCAUGUCACUGGGACCAAAGGAAAGGGCUCCACCUGUGCCUUCACUGAACGCAUCCUGCGGAAUUACGGCCUGAAGACAGGCUUCUUUAGCUCUCCCCACCUGGUGCAGGUGCGUGAACGGAUUCGCAUCAAUGGGAAGCCCAUCAGUCCGGAACUUUUUACCAAACACUUCUGGCGCCUCUAUCACCAGCUGGAGGAGUUCAAGGAUGACAGCCACAUUUCUAUGCCUGCCUACUUCCGCUUCCUCACACUCAUGGCCUUCCAUGUCUUCCUCCAAGAGAAGGUGGACCUGGCUGUGAUAGAAGUGGGCAUUGGCGGGGCUUAUGACUCCACCAACAUCAUCAGAAAGCCAGUGGUGUGUGGAGUGUCCUCUCUUGGUAUUGACCACACCAGCCUGCUAGGAGACACGGUGGAGAAAAUAGCCUGGCAGAAAGGGGGCAUCUUUAAGCCUGAUGUUCCUGCCUUUACUGUGCUACAGCCAGAAGGUCCCCUGGCCGUGCUGAGGGAUCGAGCCCAGCAGACCUCAUGUCCUCUGUACCUGUGUCCACCGUUAGAAGUCCUGGAAGAGGGUGGGCUGCCGCUGACCCUGGGCCUGGAGGGAGAGCACCAGCGGUCCAAUGCAGCCUUAGCCUUGCAGCUGGCCCAUAGUUGGCUGGAGCAGCAGGACCACCAGGAUGUCCGGGAGCUGAAGGUGUCCAGGCCAGGCACACGGGGGCAGCUGCCUCUGGCCCCUGUGUUCCAUCCCACCUCUCACAUGAGACAUGGGCUUCGGGACACGGAGUGGCCUGGUCGGACACAGGUGCUGCGGCGGGGACCUCUCACCUGGUACCUGGACGGGGCACACACCACCAGCAGCGUGCAGGCCUGUGUGCGCUGGUAUUGCCAGUCAUUACAGCGCAGUAAACGCCCCAAUGGUGGGCCUGAAGUACAUGUCUUGCUCUUCAACUCCACUGGUGACAGGGACUCUGCCGCUCUGCUGAAGCUGCUGCAGCCCUGCCAGUUUGACUAUGCUGUCUUCUGCCCCAACCUGACAGAGGUGUCAUCCACAGAGGACGCAGACCAGCAGAACUUCACAGUGACUCUGGACCAGGUGCUGCUCCGCUGCCUCCAACACCAGCAACACUGGAGCUGCCUGGCCGAGAAACAAGCCAGCCCUGACCUCUGGAGUGGCCCCAGCGCAGAGCCUGGCGGGCCGGGCUCCCUGCUGCUGGCCCAGCACCCACCUCACUCUGCUAGCACGAACUCCCUAGUUUUUAGCUGCAUCUCCCACGCCCUACAGUGGAUCAGCCAAGGCCGGGAUCCCAUCUUUCAACCCCCGAGCCCUCCAAGGAGCGUCCUCAGCCACCCCACAGCCAGCAGUGGGGCAAGCAUUCUCCGAGAGGCUGCUGCAGUCCACGUACUGGUUACGGGGAGCCUGCACUUGGUGGGGGGAGUCCUAAAGCUGCUGGAGCCUUCCCUGUCCCAGUAGCCGAGGCCGCGGGAUCAGCCAUGAACUUCCACACCUGCCCGCUUCUCCACAGACGGAUACUCAGUGCCUUUCGAUUUCUGCUUGCAGAUUCUUUUUGAGACUGGC